AUGCAUUACAUUCAUACAUUGCAUCAACAUCAUAAAAAGCAAACUCUUAGUUACCUCUUAUUUGUUUCAGGAAUUGAGAACUUGAAAAUGACAACUCCAGUGAGACACACUUUCACGCUUAAGUACAAGGAACCUAAGUUGGACAGUCUGAAGGGUUUGAUCUCUGAUUUGUCUCUCAGCAGACGUGAUGAGUUUGGGAAAAGCUAUGGGAAAGUUUUGAGCCUUCUAAAUAAGAAGGUUGACUAUGGAAUUAUCAGCUCUCUGGCACAAUAUUAUGAUCCCCCUCUGCGUUGUUUCACAUUCGUUGAUUUCCAGCUAGCUCCUACUUUGGAAGAAGUUGAGAGGAUCGUGGGACUCAAGUUGAAAGAUUUUAAUCCGUUUCCAAAGCUCGAAGAAGAUAUGGGCCCGAAGAAGAUAGCUUCGGCCCUAAGUAUCAAUGUCCCGACUGUUCGAGACAAUUGGGCUGAAAAAGGGGGUUGCAAAGGUUUUGCCGCGAUGUUUUUGGAGGAUUUAGCUCUAAAGUUCAAGAAAAGUGGAAAUUGGAAUGCAUUCUAUGCUGUGGUGGCUUUAUUGAUCCAUGGGAUUGUGUUAUUCCCAAAUGUUGAAAAAUUUGUGGAUCAAGUGGCUAUAGAAGUCUUUCUCUCUGGAAAUCCAGUACCAUUUCUCUUAGCUGAUAUUUACUAUGCCCUUCACACUCAACAUGAAAAGAGGGGUGGAGUGUUGUUGUGUUGUGCUCCGUUGAUUUACACUUGGUUCAUGCAACACAUGCCUGAAGAAGGUCCUUUUGUGGCGAAAGAACUUAAGUCUCCUCAGAAAUUAGCUUCUCUCACCGCAAGUUCCAUCAGAUGGUAUAUCCGAGAGUGGGAAACCCCAGACAUUAUAGUCAGUUGUGGGGAAUUUCCCAAUGUACCGCUGUUGGGCACCAAGGGUUGCAUCAACUAUAACCCUGUGUUAUCUCGAUUACAACACGGUUACCCCAUGGAUGGUCCUCCUGACGCAAAGGACUUACAACCAUUUGUGCUCUCUGACAUCCAAGCAAGCAAUCCUGAUGUAAGAGCAGUACGAAAGGCUUGGUUAAAGGUUGUAAGAAUGGGUAAAGAGUUUGGAAAGAGAAACAUUCUUGCCAAAGAACCUUACACGCAAUGGGUGAAAGAAAGAGUUGAGGAAAUCCAGUUGCCAUAUAUCUUAAAGGCUCCAGCUCUUCCUAAAACCCCUGAGCCCGAGCCCAUACUCCCUGAGGACAUGGAGAAACUCGUUACUAAGGUGUAG